GAAGGUGCUUCUUUCAUUUAUGUUGUUGAUGGUGCUCUAAGCACGGUUGCUGCUGAAACCAACCCACAGGAUGCUCCUGUGCCACCCUGCAUUUCAAACCUAGAUGGAGGACUUGUUCAAGUGGCUAUAGAAGUGGAAGACCGUGCACAACGGUCAGCCAUCACAAGAGUGAAUGCUGAUGAUGUUAGAGUUACUGUGGCUGCACCUGCAGCUCGGGGAGAAGCAAACAAUGAACUCUUGGAGUUCAUGGGCAAAGUGUUGGGUCUGAGACUAAGCCAGAUGACUCUUCAGAGAGGGUGGAAUAAUAAAUCGAAACUCCUUGUGGUGGAGGAUUUGUCUGCUAGGCAAGUAUAUGAGAAACUUCUGGAGGCUGUUCAACCUUGAGGCUGUACAAUUUACAUGUCAAUUGUAAUGAAUGAUAAGAUCCAUUCAACUUGUA